AGCAAGCAAGUUUGAUUUGUAAUGGAGAAGACCGUGUCCGUUUCAUCGUUUGGUCCUGGUGGGUUGGAUCUCACCAGCGCCUUCUUCAAACCCAUCCUCAACUCCGAUCCUCCCAUCCCUUCCAACCGCUGCACCAAAAUCUCCAUCGUCGGCGUCGGAAACGUCGGAAUGGCCAUCGCUCAAACCAUCCUCACUCAAGACCUCGCCGACGAGAUCGCACUCGUCGACGCCAAGCCCGAUAAGCUCCGAGGCGAGAUGCUCGAUCUCCAGCACGCCGCCGCUUUCCUCCCCCGCACUAAGUUCAGCGCCUCCGUUGACUACGACGUCACCGCGGGAUCGGAUCUCUGCAUCGUCACGGCCGGUGCGAGGCAGAACCCGGGGGAGUCUAGGCUCAAUCUCCUUCAGAGAAACGUCGCUCUCUUCCGCCACAUCAUCCCUCCGCUCGCUAAGUCGUCUCCGGAUUCGAUCUUGCUCAUCGUCUCCAAUCCCGUCGAUGUGUUGACUUACGUGGCGUGGAAGCUCUCCGGUUUCCCGGUGAAUCGAGUGAUCGGGUCUGGUACUAAUCUCGACUCGUCUCGGUUCCGCUUCUUGAUCGCAGAUCAUCUCGACGUCAAUGCUCAGGACGUGCAGGCAUUCAUAGUGGGAGAGCAUGGAGAUAGCUCGGUGGCGUUGUGGUCAAGCAUAAGUGUGGGAGGCAUCCCUGUGCUAAGCUUCUUGGACAAGCAACAGAUCGCUUACGAGAAACAAACCCUCGAGGACAUUCACCAGACCGUCGUUGGCAGUGCCUAUGAAGUUAUUAAACUCAAGGGCUACACUUCUUGGGCCAUUGGCUACUCUGUCGCCAACCUGGCUCGCACCAUCCUCCGGGACCAGCGUAAGAUCCAUCCAGUCACGGUGCUUGCACGUGGAUUUUAUGGUGUUGAGGGUGGUGACGUAUUCCUCAGCCUCCCGGCUCUGCUUGGACGUAACGGUGUGGUGUCAGUGAGUAAUGUGAAUAUGACUGAUGAAGAGGCUGAGAAGCUGCAGAAAUCGGCAAAGACUAUAUUGGAGAUGCAGAGCCAGUUGGGACUUUGAGCAUCAUCUCUCUCUUUAUCUGCUUCAAUAUUUAUAAUUUUGUUUUCUUUUCUUUUUGAAUUAUGAUCAUCCAUCUCACUAUGCCAGUAUACCACGGAUGUUUUCAAAAUAUGUGUUAUGUAAAUGCUUGUUAAUGCAGAAUAAUUCCAACUCUUGAGUUCGUUAGAUCUUUGACAAAACAGAAGAAUGAUGUGAUGAGAGGGUAAUGUUUCUGCACACUUUGUGUGUCAAUAAGAUUAUGAUAAGUGAUUUGCGUAAUGCAGCU